AUGGAUGGACCCCGAGCUAACACAACUAGCUCGCGGUCAAGCUCUUCGUCGCUCUCGGAUGCGGCGCACAAAACCUUAUUAGACAAUCCUUAUGAGCUUCGACACGGACGGCGUUAUUUGCGCGAGCUGCCUUACCCAUUACCAUGUGAUCUACCUGAGAUACAACGUCAAAAUCUCAGGACGCUGUUGGGAUGCACAGUAUUCGGCGGGGCUUCUUGCUCACGCAGGACGAGUACAGACGUCCCGCAGAGGGUGCUGGAGCUCGGCUGCGGAAGCGCAUACUGGUCUGCAAUGUGUCAUGAUUUCUUCCGCUCGCUCGGCUAUGCCAACGUCUCCUUUACUGGCCUCGACGUUGCACCCUUGGCCCCAAAUCUUAGCAAGGAAGGUAUGGACUGGACCUUCGUCCAGCAUGACAUUCGUCGCAUUCCACUGCCUUUCGAUGACGAAGAGUUUGACCUUGUCAUGCUCAAAGACAUGAGCUUAGCACUACCAAUGGGGCCAGCGUUUCAGAAGCUGCUCGAUGAAAUCAUUCGGAUACUGUCUGAUAAUGGCACGCUUGAGAUUUGGGAGUCUGACCAUGUGUUGCGAUCGUUGCUACCUCAUCCGCGGUCAUCUCCGACCACGCAACCAAAGGACUACCGGACUGCUGAGCAGACUGGAACGUUCAUAAUAGCCCCAGGAAUGCCGUUUGGUUCAGCGCAGAACAGACACUUUCAGAGGGCCAACAUGUGGAUUCAAAACGCGCUGGACGUGCGUAAACUACCACCCACUCCUUGUGCGCGCAUAGCGCAGAUCCUUCUCCAGGAACCCGACUUGACAGACAUUGGGUCCAGACGUGUGGCCAUUCCGCUUGGUGAGCUUCGAUGGGAGCGCGAGCAGUCUGGGCGGCCAAAUAGCAGUCUCGUCGACUCACCGAUGUCGCUAAAGGCCAAAUCGAAACUCGUUGACGGUGCGCUGAAUGAGAACCAGAUGGCGCUGCGGCAGACAGCACUUAUAACCAUCCUUCAGGAAAUCGAAAGCCUAGAACCUUUGCUCAAGGAAGCGAGUAGCAAGAACACAGAAGAGUGGAGCCACUGGUGGGCAACCAUGAUGAAUGAUCUGCUUGAUCCGUCCAAAGGAGCGUUCUUGUCGGAGUGUCUCGAGCUUGGGGCGUGGUGGGCUACUAAGCGACCGUCUGAAUGA